AGGAAACAAUGACCCUAUAGUUCAGCCCAAAGCCCAUCAUCCUACAACGCUCACCAGUUACCUCCGCCUCCACUUCCCCUCCUGAAAUCUUGAUCCGCCGCACCUCCAGUUGGAGGUCUUCUUGCAUCUUCGACCCGAAGGAGAUGAUUCCCCGCCGGUUCAUCAACCUGAUGAUGAAGGACUCGAGCGUUGGCGGCUCCUACUGGUUGAGCCGCCUGAGGCCCGAGGAGAACCUCUUCUACGCCUCCGUGGGGGAGGCAGUGGCGUCAGAGACGCAAGCCAGGCGGGAGGGAUGCAAGCCCAUCUGCGCGAGCACCACGGACCUGCCCUCGCCGGAGUUCAGGUUCAAGUCGUGGCGCUCGUUCGACCCGACGCUCUGUUUCAUGCCUUUCUACGGGCUCGGCGGUGGCCCCAAGGAGGGCAGGAUCGUCGUGUCCGACUCGGCCGGGCACACCCACCUCUACGACGCCGAGGAGGUCUCCGGCGAGAUGCUGCCCCCCACCAACGAGCCUUCCAAUUGGCAUAGUCCCAUAUCCGUGUGCAUCGCCAAGGAGGAGGCCAGUCACGCCGACGCCCUGUACGCCAUCAACGCGUUUACCUCGACCAACUUCAAGUGUCUAGCCUACGUACUGCACCGGCAAAAAUGCAAUGGCUUGGAAAUGGCUCGAGCCACCGCUGCCGCCCUACUUCCUCGGCGAAGCAGAUCGGACCAUCCAGUCCUACACGCUGCUCCAAGACAACAAGACCAUCUGCUUCUCCUCGCUCAGCGAAGGCCGUGGCUUUGGCACCUACUGGCUACUGCUUCGACACGGCAAACCAGGAGUGGACCAAGGCUGGCAGCUGGACGCUGCCCUUAGUCGGGCGUGCUCUCUGUGUCCCUCACCUGUGCAACCUCUACUUCGGUUUCCAUGACAGCAACCAGGAAAACAUUGUUGCCCUUGAGCUGCCGUCUCCUCUGGGUGGCGAUGCGCCGCCGCCCAAGGUGAUGCACCAGUGGAGAGGCUUCUGCCAGUCCGGCCAUCUGUAAAGAA